CAUUUUGAGUUUAAAAUCUAUCAAGUAAAAAGUUCAACGUUUUUUUUUCUGGAUCCAGCUUCACAAAAGGGAAAAUUUGCUUCUUUUGUAUGUAACUUGGAUAUAUUUGGGUUAUGGACUGUUGGUUUGACAAAACAAAUAAUUUAAAGACUUUGGGCUCUGGGAAACUGUGUUGGGCAUUUUCACAAUUUUCUUUAAUCAUACGAAUAUUCAAUGGAAUUGACUAAUAUGAUAAUAAUCAUUAGUUGCAGCCUUAAAUAUUUCACAGGUUAUUUUUGGUGGUUUAUUAAAUAUUUCUUGGGCAGGUGAGGUUGCACUGUGGGGACCUGGACUCCUGGCUUCAGUAUUAUAAAAAACCUCGACACGGCACUGCAUCCAGAUCUCUGCAAACAAGUGUGAGCUGGACUGUGAGGAGUUAAAUUCAUUUUUUUGAGAAGGAUUCAUGUCAUUAGAGCCCAUCUGAGCAGGGACUUCUGCUCCUUAAAUCAUGUUUCUUUAUAGCUGGACAUAAUAAUAAAACACAACCAUCAUUAUUUUAUCAACCAGCCUCCAACUCAACGCCUGCAUCUCCACCUAGAGGUAGAAGCAGGAGCUGCAUGCAGAGGCACAAAUCUGCACAAAUAUCCUCAGCCGUGAAUCCGUCCCUCAGAAAAUGAUGUGGCAGCCGACAGUGAUGAAAAACAGCCCUCCUCGCCGAGUCGUGAUGAGGUGAAACGGCGGCAGGAGCUCCAGCAGAGAAAGACCACCUCCACCUUUGCAAAAAAAAAAAAAAAAAAAAAAAAAAACCUCGGCUGGUUCCUCAGAGACCAUCACCGACGCCCACACUUCCGGACUCGGUCCUCUGGAGGCAGCUGGGUCGGGAUGCAUCCGUCUCCCUGGUGCUGCUUGAGAUGAAGACGACGACGUCUUCCCGGUAAAACGGCGACGCUCGUUACGUUACAUUAAAGCUGCCCGUUACAAUCUGAGCAGGACCGAUCAAACCGCGGCGGUUAUUCGCUCAACACUCAAAAGGGGAUUCAGGCUUUAGCCAUACUGUCUGUCUGCUGUCAACUGUUGCUUAUUUCCACUGUAAAUGAAUCUUGUAAGGUUUAUGAACAACCGUGUUCCUCCUAACAAGAGAUACCAGCCUACAGAGUAUGAGCAUGCUGCCAACUGUGCCACGCAUGCGUUAUGGAUAAUCCCCAGCCUACUGGGCAGCUCAGUGUUACACUUCCAGUCGGAGGACCGAUGGGAGCGAGUGUCUGCCUGGGUGUACGGGGCGGGGCUCAGCUCGCUCUUCAUCAUCUCCACCCUGUUUCACACUGUGGCCUGGAAGAAGAGCCACUUGCGGUCUGUGGAGCACUGUUUCCACAUGUGUGACAGGAUGGUGAUCUAUUUCUUCAUUGCUGCCUCCUACGCCCCUUGGCUAAACCUGCGGGAGCUGGGUCCCUGGGCGUGCCACAUGCGCUGGUUGGUGUGGGUCAUGGCUUCUUUUGGAACCACCUACGUCUUCUUCUUCCAUGAGAGGUAUAAGCUCAUGGAGUUGAUCUGCUACACAGUGAUGGGGGUUUUUCCUGCCUUGGUCAUCCUCUCAAUGCCGGAGCAGUCGGGGCUGUGUGAGCUGCUGUUGGGCGGAGCCUGCUACUGUCUGGGGAUGGUCUUCUUUAAAAGUGAUGGCAUCGUCCCAUUUGCUCAUGCCAUUUGGCACCUGUUUGUAGCUAUGGGAGCAGCCAUACACUACUACGCCAUCUGGAAAUACCUCUAUGCCCAGCCAUCCAAUCAGGUCCAGACGUCCAGAUGACAUCAGCGCUAACCUCACAGGAAGUAGCUCCUGUGUUUGAGCGACCUCAAGGAGAUGAAAUGAGCUGUGUCCCAAUUCAGUGGCCACCUCCUCCUAGUGGGCUGGACCUGCGUCUCCUCCUCGAAAACGAGACGGUGUAUCCUCACAGAGACCAAAACUGAUGGUGCAUUUAGAUGAUCCUCGUCAUUUCGUAAAGGCAGACUUCAAGCUAAAUGCUGACUUCAGCAUGCUAACAUGUCACAAUGACAAUGCUAACAUGCUGAUGUUUAGCAGGUAUAAUGUUUAUCAUGUUCACCAACUUAGUUUGGCGUGUCAGCGUGCUAACAUUUGCUAACAUUAGCACUAAACACAAAGAACAGCUGAGGCUGAUGUCAUUAGUUUUGCAGGUAUUUAGUUAUAAACCAAAGUACACACACACAUUAAAAUGACCUGAUUAUGGCGCUAGAUGAAAACUUAAGGAAAACUUAAAGUUACAUUUCAUCCUGAGGGCGACAUUAAUGUCUGUACAUUGUUUUAUGGCAAUUGAUCCAAUAGUUGUGGGAACAUUUCAUUUAAAACCACAACCUCAUGGUGGCACUAGAGGAAAAGUUAGGGGAUCACCAAAGUCAGAAGGAAACCAUGAAUGUCUCCACGAAAUUUUGUACCAAUCCAUCUUUUGAGAUAUUUCACAGGAUAAGUUAAAACUUUGACCUGUUGGUGGUUCUACAUGAAAGGUUGGGUGAUCACCAAAGUAAUUUUUAUCAUCCUCCGUGCACCAUGAAUGUCUGUACCAAAUUUCAUGGCAAUCCAUCCAAUAGGUGUUGAGAUGUUUCAGUCUGGACCAAAGUGGUGGACCGACCAACCGACUGACAUCACAGCGCUUGCGUGACUAAAGAACCACUGGUCAAACUCAGGCAGGUUUAAUGAUACUUGAGUUUGCAGUACCAGUUUGAUGCGUCAUCUAUCCUGACUUUACGAGUUGACGGGGACAUUUGAAAGCACCAUGAGGAAAUUUACCGGCAUGCAAUGGAUUGUAGGAUACUGAGCGCCACAAAGCAUACACAAGUUGAGUUUUCCAAAUUGUGUCAAAAAAGAGGACUGCAUUUGGAGAAGGGGUUGAGAGCCUUUCAGCCUGUUGUGAUUAACCUUUACUUCAAAGGAGGCAAAAUAAGAAUUGGGACACAGCUUUUGUUUUUGUUUUAACCAAUUCAGUUUAUUUCUAUCUCAAAUUAUUUUAGCAGGAUUUUAGGUUUUCUUUUAAAUGAUCAGGGGUUAACUAUUCUCAACUAUUCUUGGAGAUUUCUCUCUACGUGGUGCACGUCCAGAUUCAGUGUUCAGGAGCUGAAUUGAGGGCAUUGUCUUAGUGUCAAGGAAGACAAUGUUUACAAUUAGCUGACUUGACUAUCAUAAUUAGUUUUAGCACAUUAUUUAAAGUAUUAUUAUCAUCAUUAUCAGAAGGUGGUGUUUAGAUUUGAAUAUAUUUAAGAGGUUGCAACAUCAGUAAUUUACUAUUUCAAUUCAGAGUGCUAUAGUAUUAUUACUUUUAUUGUUAUUAGUUGUGCUAUCUACACUGUAUGGUUUAACAACAGUUGCUUCAGUCAGUGAUUUACUGUGAUUUCUGAAUCAAGCAUGACUGUAGAAUGAUGUUUUUUAUGUUGAACUUACAGAUAUUCAUGGUUCUAGUCUCGAAGACUUAACCUGUGUGCUUCCACCUUUAGUACACUCUACACAGUAGAUUAUCAAGCAUAAAUACUGAAUUCUAAUAGUUUACUGUUGUUGACUAGGUUUAGUAAGUGAAGAUGUCAUCAGUACGAUUUAUACGGUAUAUAUUUCAAUGACGUACAGUAUAUGUUGACUUCAUCUAUAUUUUCUUCUAAUGUACUCAUAGUGUUAGCUGAAACCCAUCAUCAUUUCAAUCCUAAAUGAAUGGGAUCCAUUUGAUAGUUUGUCAAAGCUACAUGGUUGAACCUCAGAGGGGAAAACCACUGUCUGAUUCAGCACUGCCAGAAGACUGAUUAACUGCCGCAACUGAUAGCACACUACUACCAUAUACGUCUCACACUUUAAAGGAAACUGAAGCUAUAGUAUUGUUGAACAAUCUGGCCCAAUAUUAAGGCAUCUCAGGUGCGUGUGUGUGUGCGUGCUUGUGUGUGUGUUUGUAUCCUAUACUAUCUCCCAUGAAUCCAAAGCCUUUAAUCGGCUGAGUCUAUGUUUACACGUGAACGCAUGUACCUUGAACACAUAAAAAAUAUAUUUGAAAUAUGUAUGUAUGUAUGUACUUAACGUGUCAAACUGUAUGUGGUGGCACACGGUGUAUUGGACAAGCUUAUAUAGUAUGAUAAAUGUGGCUAGUUGACCUAAAGGUCAAACUGUCUAGUAUCCAUAGGUGUAAAACUCCAGUUCGACAUCUUUUCACUGCUGUAUGUCUCUCAGGAUUUGGAUCAUUUGGGCUUAAAAGCCUGUGAAGCCACAUUCAAGGACCACUAAAAGCUUCUUGGGUUGUUCGAGAGCUGUCUGCAGCAAACGAAAAUGAUCAAAUAGCUGUGAAGCUGCUUUCUUUAAUGCUGGCACCAAUCCAUAGAGCUUCACUUACUUACUCACAUUCCCAAGUAGGGCAGCAGUAGUAAAGGUUUUCUGAAAGCUUUACAUAUGAGUAACAUUAAUUAAAUACCCAAACAGGAAAAAAGCUUUAAGGCAGAAAUUAAUGAUAUUAUAGCAGCAGUUGUGUUUAUCAAUAAUAUCAAACUAUGGCUUUUUUUGCUGAAAAUCCUUUAAAUUUGCAUCUGGAUCUGCAUCAAAAUACACUGUGAUAGACAACUGUGGGAUACAUGUGGCAGAUUUUCUUUUUUUGUUCAAGUAUGUGCAGCAGUGCAUGAGAAAAUGGGGAUGGAAAAAAAAUUUGCCUUAUCUCGCAAUGUUUUAGUUUAAUUUAAUUUAGAGGUAAUUCUAAAAAUGACCACAAUUGGAUUUGGCUCAGCACCAAAAACAAAUUACCUGUUGCUUAGCUCUUGGCUUAUCUUUACACUUUUUUAACCUGCCAAGCAGCAGACAAACAAGCAAACAGAGAACCAGGCAAAAAAUAGGUCAGAAAACAUAAUCUCAUUGAAAGAGGUAACAGAUAAUCAAAUCUGUACAUUUUAAACAAAAGAGCAGCUGUGUAGUAACUGUCCAUGAACAGGUCUCGUGGUGUCAAAUAUACUUUAAUUCCAAAACUUAAUUAUGUUCAUUUCUUAAUAGCUAAAAAUGUUUGCAGUUACAACUUGCCAACCAGGGUAUGAAUGCAUCAUUAUACUGUAGACUCCAAAAAGAAAAUCAGCUAAUGACAGAAAAUACCAAAAUUCAACCAAAUUCAUUUAAUACAUUUUGAGAUAACUUGCAAACAAACACACCAGGGUGAAAACAUCAAAUCCUUCCAACCCAAAUUUGUACUUAUCCUUAUUUUCUGUGAAGUUUUUUUUAGUAAGUUAUGGAGAUUUAAUUUAAUUUCAGAGCAAAUUUUAUGUCACUACUGACUGGGAAUUGCAUUUGUCUCACUGUGGAUAUCUCAGACUGGAAUGAAACUCUUCAACUAUAUUCUCACAUUCCAGAUUGCUCUGUAGUAUUUGUACUUUCAGUGUUUACUUGAGCCUCUGGGACACACCAAAUGAUUGAGCGUUUACUGUUUUGGAGCACUCGGGAGGUUAUAUCAUAGCCAGUAUUUUGACUAGUUCCACAGGCAGGUUUGGCGACGCUGACAUGAAGUAUUUGAGAAUUUGACGUGUGUCUGUCUUGUCUUGGUUAUAAUAUUUGUCUCAUUCAGACAUACAGUGCCCACCUGACUUUGUAUAGAGCUCUGUGGUUUUAUAAACUUUCCAUGAAGCCUUCAUGGACCCUCUGUACAUUGUUUAAAGACGCUCUGUGAUUGUGGAGCUGCUUACUUUGUUCUCAGUGCUGCUGGUGUUUUCUUUCUGGUCCUACAAGAUUGAUUAUAUUAUCCCAUAUUGUUUCUCUCUUUCUCGAGUUUUCAUAUUGGUUAUUGUGUCGGUGGUGCUUUUGUGCUGUGAUAAGCCUAUAUGAUGCCAACAAUGCUUUUAUCUUUUCUAUUUCUCUUGUAAUAAAAAAAAAAGCUUUUUCAUGCAGUA